CAUUUUGCAGGCCUUCGCUCAGGGCCACACUACAUACUAUUAAUAAAUAACCAUAAUGCUAGUAUUGUAGUUUUUAAUUGAGGAUAUUCGCAAAUUGUAGCAACUUUAUGUGAUAAAUAUAUCAAAAACGCUAAACAACGGUAACAACCAAUUUUGCAGCCGGCAAUCAAACAAACGGGGCCUAUCGAUAGCAUAGUACUCCACUCCUCCACUCCACGGACGGUCCUCCUCAUACACUAUUUUUUCACAAUUAUAUUUUGUUGGCUGGCUUUUGGCCAAACUCUGUGUGUGUGUGCGCGCGUGUCUGCAUGUGUACAUCAGUGUGAGAGUUUAUCAAACAAAAACGCUGAAAAAUAAAUUUCAAAAAAAGCGCUGACAAACUAUAUUUAUAUAAUUUAAAGAGCAACCCAAAACAGUUAUGAGGAACCCUCGGCAGCCGCGAGAUUAUCCAACCGAAAAACCGCACACAACACAUCACUCAAGGGUUCAAAUAAAUCAAAUCAAAGUGCAAUAAUUAUAUGCAAGCAAUCCUCCAAAAUUGUUGCUCAAUAGAAAAUCUCCCGAUUUCUGUACACUGUGCUGUGCCCUGCUGUAUGUUGCCCAGUCCCAGCCAGUAGGCAGAAACAGAGAACCCAAAAGAUAUGCCAGAUCAGCGCCCUAUCGGAGCAAGGCAACAAAUAGAGGCGACAAAAAGCGCGCUAAAAUAAAAUAAGGAAACUCUGUUUCGGAUUCUGUUAUAGCGAUUUCCGUGCCUCCCCACCCGUUGGUUGAGUGUGAGAGUGGAACGCGACACCAGGCGGCGGUAUCUUGUUAUCGAUUUUCUACUACGGUGUUUUUCACGCGUGUGUGCAUAGUACGUGCGUGUGUGUGUGUGUUUGUUCGGCAUAACAACAAAAAUCAAAGGCGGCGUGUUAUCACAAUAGAAGCAACAAAACAAUAGUACUAAAAGCUAAAGGAACCCUCGAAGAAAUAUUAGCCGGCAAUAUUUUAGACUUAUUUUGAAGGCAGAAGUGAAAGCGAGAACGGAGCAGCAGCAGUAGCAGCAGCAGCAGCAGAAGAACAUCACAUAAAACCGAAAAAAAAAAAAACAGUACACACCGAAGCGAUCUCUCUUCCUCGCUCCCUCUCCCUUUCCAACAAAUGCAAAAGACCGAAGCGGCAUAACUCCAUCCCCAACAUCGUCAACAUCGGUCAUCGGUCGGGUCGAGCUGUCGGUCGAUUGCAGCAGUGCGUUCACCCAUUCAUUCAAGAUUCUACUCAGAAAAAUUAGUAGACAUAGAAAUUUGGUAAGAAGACGAUACCGGACGGAACCUUCUUACCAAAUGAUUUCCCUUCUGCAAAUGAAAUUCCGUGCACUUUUGUUGCUGCUAUCAAAAGUCUGGACAUGCAUUUGUUUCAUGUUCAAUCGCCAUGUGCGAGCUUUUAUCCAGUAUCAACCGGUUAAAUAUGAACUGUUCCCGCUGUCACCGGUGUCGCGGCAUCGCCUCAGUCUGGUGCAGCGAAAAACGCUGGUCCUGGAUCUGGACGAAACGCUGAUACACUCACAUCACAAUGCGAUGCCCAGGAACACAGUGAAGCCGGGCACACCGCAUGACUUCACCGUCAAGGUGACCAUCGAUCGGAAUCCAGUGCGCUUCUUUGUGCACAAAAGACCGCAUGUGGACUACUUUUUGGAUGUGGUCUCACAGUGGUACGAUCUGGUGGUAUUUACCGCCAGCAUGGAGAUAUAUGGAGCUGCUGUCGCGGACAAGCUGGACAAUGGUCGGAACAUAUUACGGAGGCGCUACUACAGACAACACUGUACGCCCGAUUAUGGAUCGUAUACCAAAGACUUGUCUGCCAUAUGCAGUGACUUGAAUAGGAUAUUUAUAAUUGACAAUUCCCCGGGAGCGUACCGCUGCUUCCCCAAUAAUGCCAUACCCAUCAAGAGUUGGUUCUCGGAUCCCAUGGACACGGCACUGUUGUCGCUGCUGCCCAUGCUGGACGCACUGCGCUUUACCAACGAUGUGCGAUCGGUGCUGUCGCGUAAUCUGCAUCUGCAUCGCCUUUGGUAGCAGGUGGGAUCUAGCCUAGAACUAGCCCUAGAACUAGCCCUAGACCUAGACCUAGACCUAGCCCUAGUGUGUAGUAGUCUAUGAGGAUCAGAGAACGUAAGAGAGAAAAUCUUCUAAAAUUAUCAUCAACAACAACAACAACAAAAUGGUGGUGCUGUGACACAUUAACGAAUUUUUUCAUUAAUUAAAUUAUGUUGUGUUUUUUUUUUAUCCUUGUAACAGAUAGGGAAAAUAUAUGAAGAUCCAAAAUGA